UGAAUACCAACAUAGAUCUUGUAGGGCUAGAUGUAAUCUAGAAUCUAGAUGUACUUAUUACUAGAAGGGAUGAUAUUUUGAGUCGUCCCUUUGAAUCCCGGUCAGAACGGCUUCCCCCGUUUCUAUCUGACAACUAGCGUAACAAUGAUGUAACGUUACUAAAAAUAGCAGAGAAAAUUGUCGCAUGGUACCUCAUGCAGGAAAUGGAUUUUGGAAAAAGUAAACAGCAUUAAUGUAGUUAAUCAUGGAAGAUGAUUGAGUCCCGGGUAUUUCAUAUCCAAAAUCAAGCUAACACAGCCUUCAGUGUUAUGCAAGAGCUUCGAAUCAAUCAGCAGCUUUGUGACAUUGUACUUUGUGUGGGUGGAGCCAAGUAUUCAGCACACCGUGUUGUGCUGGCUGGCUGCAGCCCUUAUCUGCGUGCAAUGUUUACCAAUGGAAUGCUGGAGUCUGAACGGGAACAUGUUGAGCUGCAUGGCAUAGAAGCGCCAACAAUGAGUCUUCUCUUAGACUUCAUGUACACUUGCUGUAUUGAGGUGACAGUAGAUAACGUGCAAGCUGUACUACAGGGUGCAAGCAUGCUUGGACUACAUGCAUUACGUACAAUGUGCGCACACUUCCUUCAGAAUCAACUCACAGCCUCUAAUUGCUUAGGUAUCCAUUAUUUUGCUGAUGUCUAUUCCUGUACAGAGCUAGAGGCCGUGGCUCGCCAGUUUAUUUAUCAAAACUUUUUGGAUGUCAUUAGGAUGGAAGAAUUUUUUGACCUGCCUGAAGAUCGUUUACUUAGUUUGUUAAAGUCUGAUAAACUUCAGGUGAUGAGUGAGAACCAGGUUUUUGAGGCAGCGUGCUCCUGGCUGCAGUAUGAUCCUGGAAAACGCUUGGAUAGAGCCUGCUUCAUCCUACAGAACAUUCGACUUGCCUUAUUGGAGCGCCACUUUCUGGAGAAUGUGGUGCUCAAAUCAGAAUAUUUCCGUACUUGUCCCAAGUGUCAGCUGCUCAUCAGCAAAGCCAUUCGUAUGAAACAGGACAGCAGCGAACUAGAGACAGUUACACCACGUGCCCAGCCACCAUGUAUUUAUGUCAUGGGUGGCCGUAACAGCACAGACAGCCAGUUAAAGAGUACAGAGAGAUACGACUUCCUAGUUGACCAGUGGAUACAUAUGCCACCUAUGAACAUAGCAAGAACAGCUGUGGGAUCAGCCAGUCUGGAUGGUGUGUUGUAUGCUGUGGGGGGUGAGUGUGCACUGGCUGACACACAGGAUGACACACUUUACCUGCACUGUGUUGAAAUGUACGACCCUGUACGUAAACGCUGGGAACACAAACCUAACAUGAAACUUGCCAGGUCAUUUGUAGCUGUGGCUGCUGUUGGGGGUUAUUUAUAUGCUAUAGGUGGUGAAGACAGAGCGGGCAGCUACAAUAUCGUGGAGCGUUAUGAUCCCAAGGUAGAGACGUGGACACUGGUCAGUUGUAUGAAACGUAGGAGGGCUGGUGCAGGGGUCACUGUCUGUGAUGGAAAAAUUUAUGUCGCAGGUGGUUAUGAUAAAGGUCCUCAUAUGGACAGAGCAAGCAUGGAGGUGUAUGACCCAGAUAGCGGAGACUGGACAUUUGCACCAGAAAUGGAGAAAGCCUGCUCUGGACUUUCUAUGGUCACACUUGACCAUUUAAUUUAUGCCUUUGGUGGUCGAUACCGACAUAUAGACCAGUACUUUGAUUUAGUUGAAAGAUACAAUACUGUGACCCGCCAGUGGACCACCAUCACACCUAUGACAACCCCCCGCGCAUGGUUUGGUAUAGCUGUCUUUGACAACAGAAUCUAUGUGUGCGGGGGUUUUGAUGGCAACUCAAGACUUCGCCACUGUGAAAUGUAUGACCCUGAGUCAGACACUUGGACUGUGAUAUGUGGCAUGAAGAUUGGCCGAGCAGGGUGUGGGGCCACUGUUGUAUGAAGAUUGGCAGGGUGUGGGGCCACUGUUGUAUGUAGAUUGGCAGGGUGUGGGGCCACUGUUGUAUGAAGAUUGGGCUGGCAGGGUGUGGGGCCACUGUUGUAUGAAGAUUGGGCUGGCAGGGUGUGGGGCCACUGUUGUAUGUAGAUUGGCAGGGUGUGGGGCCACUGUUGUAUGAAGAUUGGCAGGGUGUGGGGCCACUGUUAUAUGUAGAUUUGCCAGGGGGGUGGGGAGAUUGGGCCAUUGUUGUAUAACUUGUUCUUUGUAUACUUGUAAAUAUCUAACUGAUGAGUUGCUUAGAUUCACAGUUCUCAAACUAUUGAAAGCCUGACAUUAUUGGUUCUUGUCAUUUGUUCAUGUCAUACUGGUCUCCUAUCUCAGACAUUCUACUUGUCUACUGUCCUGUUCAAUGUCCUACUUGUCUACUGUCCUGUUCAAUGUCCUACUUGUCUACUGUCCUGUUCAAUGUCCUACUUGUCUACUGUCCUGUUCAAUGUCCUACUUGUCUACUGUCCUGUUCAAUGUCCUACUUGUCUACUGUCCUGUUCAAUGUCCUACUUGUCUACUGUCCUGUUCAAUGUCCUACUUGUCUACUGUCCUGUUCAAUGUCCUACUUGUCUACUGUCCUGUUCAAUGUCCUACUUGUCUACUGUCCUGUUCAAUGUCCUACUUGUCUACUGUCCUGUUCAAUGUCCUACUUGUCUACUGUCCUGUUCAAUGUCCUACUUGUCUACUGUCCUGUUCAAUGUCCUACUUGUCUACUGUCCUGUUCAAUGUCCUACUUGUCUACUGUCCUGUUCAAUGUCCUACUUGUCUACUGUCCUGUUCAAUGUCCUACUUAUCUACUGUCCUGUUUAAUGUCCUAUUAGAGAUGGUGAAACAGCUUUGACUCAACCAUUUCAGUAUUUUAUUUCCCCUGAAUUUUUAUUUCAACUCUUGUCAUGAUUAACUAAGUGAAACUUAAAGAAGUGAAUGGUUUCAAUGUUAGUGAAACUUAAAGAAGUGAAUGGUUUCAAUGUUAGUGAAACUUUAGAAAGUGAAUGGUUUCAAUGUUAGUGAAACUUUAAGAAGUGAAUGGUUUCAAUGUUAGUGAAACUUUAAGAAGUGAAUGGUUUCAAUGUUAGUGAAACUUAAAGAAGUGAAUGGUUUCAAUGUUAGUGAAACUUAAAGAAGUGAAUGGUUUCAAUGUUAGUGAAACUUUAGAAAGUGAAUGGUUUCAAUGUUAGUGAAACUUUAAGAAGUGAAUGGUUUCAAUGUUAGUGAAACUUUAAGAAGUGAAUGGUUUCAAUGUUAGUGAAACUUUAAGAAGUGAAUGGUUUCAAUGUUAGUGAAACUUUAAGAAGUGAAUGGUUUCAAUGUUAGUGAAACUUUUGUAAGUGAAUGGUUUCAAUGUUAGUGAAACUUUAGAAAGUGAAUGUUUUCAAUGUUAGUGAAACUUAAAGAAGUGAAUGGUUUCAAUGUUAGUGAAACUUAAAGAAGUGAAUGGUUUCAAUGUUAGUGAAACUUUAGAAAGUGAAUGGUUUCAAUGUUAGUGAAACUUUAAGAAGUGAAUGGUUUCAAUGUUAGUGAAACUUUAAGAAGUGAAUGGUUUCAAUGUUAGUGAAACUUUAAGAAGUGAAUGGUUUCAAUGUUAGUGAAACUUUAAGAAGUGAAUGGUUUCAAUGUUAGUGAAACUUUUGUAAGUGAAUGGUUUCAAUGUUAGUGAAACUUUAGAAAGUGAAUGUUUUCAAUGUUAGUGAAACUUUAAGAAGUGAAUGGUUUCAAUGUUAGUGAAACUUUAAGAAGUGAAUGGUUUCAAUGUUAGUGAAACUUUAAGAAGUGAAUGGUUUCAAUGUGUACCAGGAAAAAAAAUCUCAGUGGUUGCUGUAAUAGUCCUUCUAUUGUUUUGAUUUUUUUUGUUCUACUGUUGUUUUGAUUUUUAAAAAAAAUUGUUGGUUUUUCUCCUUUUAAGAAGUAAAGGGUUAGCAAGAUAGAAAACUUGUACAAAAUUUAGUUCUGGACUGGUCUCUUUUUUCAAAAGAAUAAUUCAAUAUUUGAAUUGAAAUGCUGAUAUUAAAAAUGUACAUUUGUUUCUGUAUUAAUUGUAUGAGUUGAUCCCAUGUUUUGUGUAUACUGCAGUCAGAAGUAAUUUGCAUUUAUUUUUGUGAUAUUCACUGCCAGCAGAGGUGUACAUUGUUACAGUCUUACUUGUCAAGUUUUGUACACAGGUCUCAAUUGACAAGUUUCUUAUAUAGGUACAGCAGUCUCACACGACUAUAAAAAUCCAAGAAAUGUAUAAGAAUUAUUGUGCAAUAUGGUAUGAUUGGAUGCAAAUAUGCCAGAAAGAAAUCAACUGUGUAUUUAAAAUUCUUGUUUUACCCAGUAGAUAUAAAUGAGAUUGUAAUUUGUGUCAAACUUUUUUGUUUUAAUGGAAAUAUUCCUUCUUUUUUUUGUAACAAUCUUUUUAAGUGCACACAUUUUUGUAAGUAAAUGAUUUGUAAAAUGGAUGUUAAUAAGGAAUACCAUGGUGUGAUGAGUGGAAGCCUUUUUCUCUAAUCAAAUGAUCUGACUCGUUCCUAAAUGGCCAGGUUUAUAUGGGAAAUAUUUCAUUCCAAAACUAAUGUUCCCACUGCCAGGGAGGAAUUACAUUUGCCCCCUUUAAGUCUAGAAAACAAGCAUGAGCUUACUGGGCAGAAAACUUGGGACAGCUGUCUCAAGCUAUCCCCCAUUGCUGUGGUUGUCCAAAUGUGAGUAGUUUAUUUUUUAGCUCUUCAGAUUAAUUUAUCUGCUUUUGGAUUGUUUGAAGUAUGCAGGAUUUUUAUGUCUUUGUAAAAUUGCAUAAUAAAAGUGUUUAAUUUUUCA